GUGCUGCUUGUUUGUUUUGAGGACCCCCUCCCCUGCAAUGGUUUCUUCUGCCACUGCAGUGCCUAUGGUCGCUCGCUUUGUCCCCUGCGGCACGUGUGGAAAGUUUGUUCCUCUUUGUGAUCGCUGGAGCCCCCCAGCCCUGGGGAAAGUUCACUCCACGUUUGGCUGAUGGCCAGCAUGAACUGUAAGACUGCGGUCUCUCUGUUCAAGAGGACUCUGUCACUGGGCCCAGCUCAGAAGCCCAGCGGCCAGCGGUCACUGCUCACCGUUAGGCUCCAAGAACGAGGGCUGAAGGAAGGCCGCACCGUACACAAAUGCUUCGCCCCCCAGCACUUGGCAGCAUGUAGAUCUUAUCCUGUCUCUCUCCCCCGACAGGACUCCAUGAGCGACAGCCUGCAGACCUGCUACAGAUACCUGAACGAAACCAGUCGCAGCUUCGCGGCCGUCAUCCAGGCUUUGGAUGGGGAAUUGAGGCAUGCCGUUUGUAUAUUUUACCUGGUCCUGCGUGCUCUGGACACCGUGGAAGACGAUAUGACCAUUAACCUUGAGAGUAAGGUUCCAAUGCUACAUAACUUCCACACCUACCUGUAUGACCCGGAGUGGAAAUUCACCGAGAGCAAAGAGAAGGACAGACAGGUUCUCGAAGACUUCCCAACGAUCUCUCUGGAGUUCAGAAAUCUAGCUGUUGUUUACCAAGAGGUUAUUGCAGACAUAUGCGCCAAGAUGGGAGAGGGGAUGGCGGACUUCCUGGAGAAGAAGGUGGACUCUCUGAAGGAGUGGGACAGAUACUGUCAUUAUGUUGCCGGUCUGGUGGGAAUUGGCUUGUCCCGUCUGUUUUCGGCAUCAGAGCUGGAAGAUGCCAUUGUUGGCCUGGACACACACCUUGCAAACUCCAUGGGCUUAUUUCUCCAGAAAACCAACAUCAUCCGUGACUACCUGGAAGAUCAAUUGGAAGGUCGGGAGUUCUGGCCAAGAGAGGCGUGGAGUAAAUAUGGAAAGAAGCUCUCAGAUUUGGCAAAGCCAGAGAACAUCGUCCCGGCUGUGCAGUGUUUGAACGAGUUGAUUACCAAUGCCUUGAAUCACGUGCCGGACGUCCUCCUUUACCUGUCACGGCUUAAAAACCAAAGCAUCUUCAACUUCUGUGCCAUCCCCCAGGUAAUGGCUAUAGCCACUUUGGCCGCGUGUUACAACAACCAGCAAGUGUUCAAAGGUGUUGUGAAAAUCCGCAAGGGACAGGCUGUGACGCUUAUGAUGGACGCCACCAACAUGGAAGCCGUGAGGGCCAUCAUGUACCAGUAUAUUGAAGAGAUCUAUCAGAAAAUCCCUCUGACAGACCCCACGUCGGGCAAGACACAGCACAUCAUUUCCUCCAUACGCAACCUCAGCUUACCCAACGGUUCGGUGGUGUCGCGUAAUCAUUUGUCCCCCAUUUACCUGUCCUGCGCUAUGCUUCUGGCUGCCCUCAGUUAUCAGUACCUGAGCACGGUGUCCCAGGUGUCUGAAGAAGUGCACACUAGCCAGUGAUCUAAGCAUGCGCAGGGCUCAUGGAGGUAAACUGAUGAUUUUAGUGACUAUCGGAGAACACGGCAUUAUCAGAUACUUGUUCUGUUUCUUCACUGAGAGUCUCAUUAUGGACGUUCCAAAUGCCAUCUGCUUUAUCCUACUAGAUCCAUGACGCCUUACAGGUUCCUGGAGGACGUUUUCAAACAAGAACAUAGCACUUUAAGCACAUACAUCCCAAACUAGUUCUGCAAGAUUCAAGCAUGAGGCGUCUUAUCAAACAGGAUAUUGUUUGUUUGCUUUUAUCGCUUUGUUGCGUUCAAAAUGAUUUGGGUUAUCGUCCGUUUAGCUUCUGUCCUCCUGAUUCCAGUGCACCAUGUCAAUCAGAAUGCGUUGGUCAUGCCAGUUAAUGGCGAGGAUUAUAGCACCAGGUGAUCUUGUGAGCUUAUUUUUGGUCAAAAUAGAAAAAAAAAUGCCUUUUUAGAAAUCUUUUCUUUUUUUAUUAUUAUUGAAGAAAUACAAUGUUGGUUAAGUAAUGGGGAUCUCGUUCUAUAGAGCUUGGGGGGGAAAUUCAUAGAAAAGUUACUAGAUUC